UCUCAGUCGAAUUGUUUAAUAAUCAAAUACCUAAAUUGAUAGAAAAUGCCUGUACAACAUAUAGAUAACGACGCAGCAUUUCAACUCAGUUUUAACGAUGCUGGUUCAUCCCUCGUUGUCAUAGAUUUUUUUGCUACAUGGUGUGGACCCUGUCACGCUAUUGCUCCAGUAUUUGAAGAAUUAUCAAAUCAAUAUGAAGGAGUUGUAUUUCUUAAAGUUGAUGUUGACAAAUGUUUUGAAACCAAAACAAUCUAUGGUGUUAGAGCUAUGCCAACAUUUCUAUUCAUUCGUAACGAAACAACACUUCAUAAAAUACAAGGAGCUAAGGCUGAGGAAUUGCGAAACAAGGUUCAUGAAUUAUCACUCGAUUCUUCAGCAAAUGGAUCAAGUUCAGAAUCAAGUGUUGGGAUUCCUGGCAUGGUUGAUUUGUUAUCACAAGUUAAUAUAUCUCAACUAACUUGUCUCAAUGAAAGUGAUGACCAUACUGUCAAGUAUAUCUUCGAAGAAAACUCAGAUUUAUAUUUGGAAUCAGACUGUGAUCCGGAGCUUCUUAUAUCAGUCGAAUUUAAUCAGAAUAUCAAACUGCACUCGUUAAAACUGGUAGCUCCACAUGAUUUUGGUCCGAAAGCAUUGAGGUUAUUCAUAAAUCAACCUCAUAAUAUGGAUUUUGAUUCUGCGCGAGAUGGAAAACCUAUCCAGGAAAUUAGUCUCACAAAAGAUGACAUUUCGGAAAAUGGUUUAAUCAAUCUCAGAUUUGUCAAGUUUCAGAAUGUACACAAUUUAACAAUAUUUAUUCCCGAUAAUCAAGGAGAUGAAGAAACGACUAAAAUAGAGAAACUCACUUUGAUAGGAAAAACAGUUGCAACAACAAAUAUGUCUGAAUUCAAGAGGGUUGCUGGAAAAGAGGGCGAAUCUCAUUGAUUGUCAUCAUUGGAAAGUUUCAAAAGAAGAAUUUUUGUAAUACUGAAUUUAUACUGUAGAAAAUACUAUUUGACGUUGGAACACUUUAAUCAAAUAUUGAGAUGGCAACUCAGAAUUAAAAUGAUUAAUUUGUUCGCAUUCCAUUAGGAUUUUAUGGCUUUUUUCUCGUAUUCAUAUUUUCUGGGUUUGCUGACAUUGAAGCCAACUUAUCAAAUGAUGGUAUUCGACGGAGAAGUGAAGCCAAAAUUCAAUCAUUCACCACAACGAAAUUAUAAGUUUUUGAAUAUUCAUAAUUCAGCCUUGUUGAGGAGGAAUUCUUAUAUCUCUAUGUUAAACAAUGUGAAUUCCAAAAUAUCAGGCUGGAAUGUUGCGUCUGAUUUCAUAGUAUUCUCAUUGGAGUAAAACCUACAUUUGGUCUGAUGCCCAUUUAUAUGUACCAAGUUGCCAAGUUUGUGUUGGUGCACUGGUGGAUUAAUUGGAACUGAUUUAUAUAUAUAUAUUGCCCAAACUGACUCUGAUGGAACAAGAUUGCUGCUUAUUUCAUGUUUUUCAUCAUAUUUUCAAGAUGAAAAUUAUCAUCAUUUGUGCAAAAUUGUAUCUAGUAAUGUCUCUUGAACACCACAAGCCUAAUUUAAUAAAAAUGUAAAAUAUAUAAAUACAUUCUGUGCAA